AUCGCCCAGAGCCCCAUUCCUGAAAAAGUUUACGUAGUUUUAUCUACGUAGCUGAAAUGUAGAGCCGUGGACGUUACUCCGCAAACCACACUGGGCCCCGAUGGAGUCGGUGCAAUCAGCUGCGCAUCAUAUCUCGUUAUGAUAAACAAGUAAUGAACGGCGAAAACACAUAAUUAAACAAUGGAAGGAAUGCUGUAUAAGUGGACCAAUUACAUAAGUGGUUGGCAGCCUCGUUGGUUUGUGCUUGACGGAGGAACUUUGUCUUACUAUGACUCCCAAGAGGAUGCCUGGAAAGGUUGCAAGGGCAGCAUUAAAAUUUCAGUUUGUGAAAUCCAAGUUCAUUCCUCUGACUCUACACGAGUUGACCUGACCAUACCAGGAGAGCAGUACUUUUACCUCAGAGCCAUCAAUGCAGCAGAAAGGCAGAAAUGGCUGGUGGCGUUGGGAACAGCCAAAGCUUGCCUUACAGACAACCGAACAAAAAGAGAAAAAGAGCUCCAGGAGAACACAGAGGCUCUGAAAACUAAGAUGUCGGAACUCAGGUUGUACUGUGAUCUUCUUCUCCAGCAAGUAAACAAGAUCAAGGAGAAUGAUGAGCUAGGAGACGCAGCGGAGACAGGCAUAGACACUGGAAACAUGGUGAAGUCAACAUGCACCACUUUCCUGAAGACUCUAGAGGAAUGCAUGCAGAUAGCAAAUCGUACUUUUAGUUCAGAUUUGGCGACUCAGAGUCCACCAGGAUCUCCUCCAGUAGCAGCCAUCAAACCCCAGAAGAUUAAACCUGUCAAUCAUUUAAAUCAGAACCUUGGAGAAAAAUGGAGAGGUUUGGCUGAAACCUCAGGAGAAGCAAUUGCACAUGACAACCAGAGCCUUGACUCUGGAGCAGAGGGACCAGAUGAACAAGAUAGACCAGGACAUCAUCCUUCCCCAUCAGACACUGAAGCAAGCAACGGCAACAGCUCAGUCCAUGAGGAGCGAGCUGAUCCGACCCUACACACUACCCAGAAUUCCUCUGAGAAUGAACACUACGAGCAACCAGCAGAGGGGGAUGAGGAAGAUGAAGCAGACGAUCAAAGGGAGACGAAACAAGAGCAGAAGCACAAAGUGGACCAAAGUCAAGAAGAGCACGACAACAACAACAAGGAAGUGGACACUGUCCAACCACAGCACCAACGGGAGGCCGUCGAAGACCGAGACGCGGCUCAGCAUGAAGACGAGACCUCCAGAGAUUCAACAGAGCCCGAAGACACAGAGCAGGUGGAAACUUUCUUCAGCACAAUGAGUCACAGAUUUAGUGAUAUAAGACUGGAGGACGACAAUGGUAUCCCUACACAAGAGUUUUUGGACUCAUGCUAUGCAAUAGUGCCUGUAUUAGACAAACUGGGGUCCACAGUCUUUGCACCAGUUAAAAUGGAUUUUGUUGGAAAUAUCAAGAAAAUUCACCAGAAGCUGAUGUCAGACCCUGACAGCUUCCCCACGCUGCAGUCCAUCGUGCUGCACGAAGUCCAUACAGAUGUUGCCCAGGUGCGCAACUCAGCCACCGAAGCUCUGCUGUGGCUCAGACGGGGCCUGAAGUUCCUCAAAGAGUUUCUGUCAGAGGUCAACGCAGGAGAACAAGACAUCCAGGGAGCGUUAAAUAACGCCUAUGGAAAGACCCUUCGACAGUACCAUGGAUGGGUCGUGCGAGGGGUAUUUGCUUUAGCCCUGAGAGCCGCCCCAUCUUAUCAAAGUUUCACCGCUGCCUUAGUGUCAAGAGAGGGCGAUGAGGUGAAGAGCGGCUUCACCAGCGGCAUGCACAGAGACCUGGGCAUGUACCUGCCUGCCAUGGAAAAACAGCUGGCCAUCCUGGAUUCCCUAUAUGAAGAGUACAACCUGGAGUCUGAUGAGGUGGUGUGAAACUUGUAACAAAAAGGAUGAUUAGAAUUCAAAGAAAAGCAGAACCUGACCGCAGGGGCAUAGUAGUGUCUUAACUGCUGAAGGAAGGUGCCAGAUGCAGAGUGCAUCUUGUGUACAAAGUAAUGUGAGCAUGUCCCCUGUCAGUGUGAAGUGUUUCCAGUGGUUCUUAAACUCCACAACAGUAGAGGGUCUAGGUUUGAAGAGGGUAUUAAUGUCUGUAGGAGCCCACAAGGGUGAGCAUUAACAAUUAAGGCAUUAUGGCGUGACAAAAUGUAGAUUCCAGGUCUUGUUCAAAAGACCAUUGACAAUGUAGGGGUAUGAAGCCCUGUUAUGCAGACUCCAACAAUAAUUAUCCAUGGUGACAUUUGUUUCUGGUGCACAUUUUGUGUGUUGUGGCUUUUUAUGUACUGUACGUGUUUUAAGGUACAUAACCACGAGGUAUUCAACUCUACUUCCCUGAGAGAUCAUUCGUGAAUGCAAAGAAGUUUCUAAUCAAGGUUAUCCCCUUUCCUUGGGGUCAUGAUACUUGCAACAAACACAAAGCACUAUCAUAUGUCAUAUCGUUACAACGCCCAAAAUACGCCUUAAGUAUGUGAUGGAAUAACAUACUAGGCUAACUUUUAGUGUAUUAGGUGAACAUUUAUCUUGCACUGACUGUCGACAUUUAGUGGUAUGAUAAAUAUUGAUUUAGUUUCUUUUCCUGAUAUUUUAGUCUAAAUCCUGCAGUUUGACAAUGUAUUACUUAGUUUUGACAUCACUGACAUGUUAUGAGCUUAUUGCUCUAGAGACUUUCCAUGGGACCAAAAAGGAACUGUCACGUGAAUGGCUUUAGCCUCCGCUGCCUACAAUACCGCAACACACAAGGAUGAAAUAAUACAGUAUAUCUGUUGACGUACUGAUAACUGCUGAAUAUUUACGUGGACAUCCUCUGCACAAACUUAUGCAUUUUUCACAGUGUCUAUUUAUUAUGUCUUAAGUUAUAAACUUCUCAUUAAUGUCAUGGGGAUCAUUUCAGUCUGUCUUUUGUGUAUAUGUAUGGACAUUCGUAUUCAUAGGGCAUGUUUAUUGAUUGCAUGGAUUUAUGUAUUAAGUAACAUAGGUGCCAAUGGAAACUAAAUACAGGCCAAGGCCUUGAAUUAACCAAGUAAAUUAAUGAUCAUCAAGGGGAUAGACUGUGAGAGUUAACAUCCAUUGCUUCUCCUUAAUGUCUAUAGUGAUAAUGAACAAUAACCUUUAGCAGAUUUCAGCUUUGUUUUCCACCAUCCCAUCCAUGCACUGUUCCACAUGUACUUGAGUGUUGUUGCCAGCUGUACUUAACACUUUAUGAUGUCAGUUCAACAAUUUAAAAAAAAGAGCAGGAAGACGCCUCCUGGCCAGGUUUGAAAGCGUGAGCGUAGAUUCACUGAGCCAUUCCAGCAAAGCAGGAACAUCCUCAUAGGGCUUUUUUACAGAGACAUACCACAUAGUAUUUUUAACUUUUCUUUUGAGUUUUUAGGAAGGCAUCCAGUGGGGAAAAAAAACCUCUUUUACAACAAAUAACAAGUCAUCUGCAGCAGGUUUACAUCACAGAUGUGCAAUAGGCCAAUUUCCUGUUGCAGAUCCAAUGUUAAUUCUGAAAAUAUGCUAUUGUAAUAUUCUAAACAUUUGAUUUGGUUUUUUUCUAUGAAUGUACAUAAGAUGCUAUUUGAUUUUUUUCUUAAUAAAUAAUUAAGUUGUCUUA